GUGAAAUCAAGCCGCGCACUCGGACAAAAUAUAGUCCCACGAUUUUCAACUCAAAGUCGCGCAAAUUGACCCUCGCGUUGAGCAUCGCUCAGACACGCGCUUGCGGCGUCGUUUACCGAGCGGAUCUGCGUGAGCGUCGACGUCUUUCGCUCGCCUUUUGAGCACUUUUGUUUAUACUGGCGUAAAGUGGGUGAUGAGUCUCGCGGCCAGUAAAGAAGCGAGAACUUGCUGUGCAGCUCGAGUAGUUCUUUCGAUUGUUAUUGUUGCUUUUAAAAAUAUUUGGACUACGCCACAAAUAGCGCGGAUCGCGUCGAAAGUGGAAGAAAAGUGCUUCUGAAGUCAGAACAUGGAGCUACAAGGCCUUCAAGAGGCAUUGAAAGUAGAAGUCCAAUGUCAUCAGAAGCUCGCCGUCAGAAGUUGUCCUGUGGGGACGGCCGCCAAACCCCUCGCCCUCAUCAAGCCGCCCAGUCAGAGCAUCGCCAUCUCCGUGGUGCCGGCCAAGAAUCCCGUUACCAUGGUGACAGCACACAUUAAUGGACAAAAGACGUCGAGUUCCGAAGUGCUCCAGACGUCCCCUAUCAACCUCCAAACGCCCGCCGGACAAAACAUCAGCCGCUCGCAGAUGUUGGGAGCUCUCACUGCGAUCCCCAUCAAGGUGCCUCACGUGAGCUCUUUGCAGAGGCUGGCGGGACACUCCCCCAGCGUGCUACCUCAGGUUAGGCCAAAGACUCUCAUUCCAGACAGCCUUCCCCACAGUCCAUGUCGAGAGCAGCAGUCCGGCCAGACGCUGGCCAUGUUGCGGGGCAUGGCUGUGGUCAGCCCAAAGAGCCAGGGCGCAUCUCUGCCAACUGCCAACAGCACCUUCAGGCACGAGAGACUGUCCAACGGGCAAGAGGAGAGUUUGUCAUCGCCCACACCCACACCAGGUGCCUCCACCAGCCCCGGGGUGGCAUAUGCCAUCAUCUCAGCGGCUUCGCCCGCGGCUCACGGGGUGUCGGGAGUCACCGAGGCCAUCAAGGUGCAGCCUCUGAUCUUAAGCCCGGACAGCAAGGUUAUCAUCAUCCAGCCACAGAUUCCCAGCAGCUCGCCAGCAUGUCAGACAGAUCGUGCUGUAGAUGAAGCGACCUCUGAACCCUCGACACCAGCCAAAAACACAGAGGAGGAUCCUGAGAAAAUUGCUUUCAUGGUAUCAUUGGGUCUGGUCACUACUGAACAUCUGGAGGAGAUUCAGAGUAAAAGGCAGGAGAGAAAACGGCGCAGUACAGCAAACCCUGCAUACAGUGGCCUGUUUGAACCCGAGCGCAAACGUCUCGCCUCACAUUUCUUGAGCAGUCCAAUGUUUCUGUCUGCGAGAGACUCUGAGGAACUGGGCUGGAAGGAGGAGCUGCAGCAUGAUGAUCAGUGUGCAGUCUGUAAACAGGAAGGAGAUCUGCAGCCGUGCCACACCUGUACCCGAGCGUACCACCCCGACUGCCUCCAACCACCUCUCAAAACUGCCAACAGGGCCAUGUGGAUGUGCCCCAAGUGCCAGAAGAAAGUUUUGAACAAAGAGAACUUAACCUGGCCGCAGAACUUCAUUCAGUCGUACGUGACACAUAAAGCAGUGAGAGAGGAGGAAAGAAGAAAACUAAUGAGAAGAAACAGUGAACUGAAGAAAGAGUGUGAACAUCUGAGCGAACACGACCAAAGACUUGGAAAAUCUCUAUCGGUGUUUCAACAGAAAUGCAUGGAGCAGAAAGAGCGUCUCCUGGGUCAACAGCGGGACACCCAGGCCUCUCUGGAGCGCCUCAAGACUCUCAUACGCCUCAUCCAGCGCGACCAGAUGAUCCAAGUCACUAUGACGGCCACCACGACCACAGGAGCAUCCCUGCUCUCCCUGCCCUGGAUCAAAGCCACGGGCAGCACCAGCACCACAGCGCCAUCUGUCGGCCCAUCCGCAGUACUGCACAAAAACGUGCUUCAGCCGCAAGGCCACAACUGACCUAAACGCAGACCUGAGUCUCUACCAGAUCACCAAACAUAAUCCAACGGAGACACGGACUGUGACAUCUAACCAACGUGUUUUCUUCUGGUAAUGUCUUACAAUAAAAAAGGGAAAAAAAGUGAAGAAAAAAAAUUGCAAAAGAAACGUUAAGCGUCUUUGGAUUCAUAAGUAUUUUUUAAAGCCAAACACACACACAGUGCUCACGAGAUUUUUUUUACUCACCAUUUUUUUAUUUAUUAUUUUUCUUGGCCUUACUGUAUUUACGACUAGAUUAAAAUGCGGUUGCAGAUAUAUGAAAUAAGUAUUCUACAUAGCUAGAGGCAUUUUUAAUGCUUUGUGUUUUAUACUGGGGGGGGUUUGGUGUGUGGGCGGGGUUUGUGUGUGGGGUCAUUUGCAUAUUGUGAUUGGGAAGGUUACAGUAGUUGUAGUUGUUUUUGGCAAGCGACGUAUGAAACGGAGAGCACCGUACGUUGAUAUAUCCCAAAAGAUUGUUUGCGUUUUCCGAUGAACGACGUUUGCCAUAAUAAUUCAGGUUAAAGCGAGACAGGGAAAUUGUGUGUGUACCUACGAGCAGACAAACAAAAAGAAAUGACAACAAAAAGAACUUUUCAGUAUUAAUAGAGUUAAAAGAACAAAGUAUUUAAGAUAACAACAGAAUUUAGUCUUUUUAGUGAAGAUUUUAGUAUUUUCAUGCGAUGCCUGUUCAUAAUUUCAACGAGGACGUAUUGGAGGGAGGAGUCGCUGUACAUAUAUAUUUAUUUUAUUUUGGCUGUCCCGACAACAAAAACUUAAGGCCAUUUAAGUUCUUUGAGUGCCUGAUCUCAUAUCCAAAAAUCUUUGUUUUGUUGUUUUUGCCCAGUAUAUAAAAUAUGCCAAAAACAAGAGCGGUUUCAUACACCGCUAACAUCAUCCCGUUUUCACUGAAGUGUCAUUCAUUUUCAUUUUAUUAUCUUGUAUAAACCCACCGCAAGAUGCAUUAUUUAUUUAUUUUUACUUUCUAGAUGUUAACACUGCCUAAAGAAUACAGCAAAGACUUCAUAUCAAAAUAAUGAAAUGAUUGUUGUUUGGAGAUUUGAAGGGUUUGUCUUCCAGCAUUAAUGCAGAGAUAAUAACAAAAACACAAAGUCAUUAAUAGUUUAUGUCUGACACGACAGCACUGUCGUUCUUAUUAAAGGAGAUUAAAUAUAAAAACAAAAACAAAAUGACACCAUUAUCUGUCUUUAAGGGCUACCAAACCUUUAUCAAACUACAGCCGGAUUAAAAAUCUAUAUUUGCCUAAACAUUGUCAUAAAAAUAUUGAGAUCAUUGAACAACUGAGAUCAUUCAGGUACCACUUGAAGUCUGUGUAUAUAAUCUAAUAAAAUGCAUUACUGUAUUAACUCUUUCACCGCCAGCGUUUUAAAAAAAAAGUUGCUAACCAGCGCCAGCAUUUUUCAUGAUUUUCACAAAAGUUUAAUGCCUUCCAGAAAAUGUUCUUCUUAACAAACAUUAAAAAAUAUAAACAAACAAUAUAUAAAAUUAUACCACGGGUCUGUUGAAUGCUGCAUUCUGAUUGGCUGAGAAAUGUUCUAUGGGUGUUGAUUAUUUUUCUGUAAACCGCACACCUAACUUUUCAAAUGUCUUAAAAAUAGGCACCAGAGCAAUGUUUGUGGUAACCGUGGUAUAAGAGGAAUAAUUGACUCCGGUCCUUUGAAUUAUUUGAAAAUAAUGCACACCUGCGGUGUAACGGCACUCCGCUUCGCGUCGUGCCGCAUUACCACCUUGGUGUGCAUUAUUUUCUUAUAAUUCAAUGGCCCGUCGUCAAUUAUUCCUU